AAACGGCGUGUACAUCACCCUCACGGUCAUGCUUUCUCGUGAGUCACUGUCAAUCGAGUGAACCUCGACCACUCAUUAACACACAUUUAUUAUAACUUUAUUUGGUUGAAUUAUUUUUUUUUUCGUUCAUUCAAUGUCAUCCGAAUCACAAGAUAAGGGACCGGAAGAGCAAUGGGUCGGCGAUUCUAAUAAUGGCCCAAGUGAAUCGAACGAACAACCGGUGUACGAUGGACCUCCGGGAAUGGAACCCGAGGGUAUCAUCGAUACAAAUUGGGAUGUCAUUGUCGAUAAUUUCGAUGACAUGAACUUGAAGGAAGAACUUCUUCGUGGUAUUUAUGCUUAUGGUUUUGAGAAACCCUCAGCAAUUCAACAGCGAGCCAUUUUGCCCUGUGUUAAGGGACACGAUGUAAUCGCCCAAGCUCAAUCAGGAACUGGCAAGACUGCUACCUUUUCCAUUUCAAUUCUACAACAAAUCGAUACCAGUGUUACUGAGUGUCAAGCCUUGAUUCUUGCUCCAACUCGUGAGCUUGCUCAGCAGAUUCAAAAAGUGGUGAUUGCUCUUGGUGACUUUAUGCAUGCUCAAUGUCAUGCAUGUAUCGGAGGAACGAAUGUACGCGAAGAUAUUCGCAAAUUGGAAUUAGGUGUUCAUGUUGUUGUGGGAACACCAGGAAGGGUUUACGAUAUGAUUAACAGACGGGCUUUGCGCGCUAAUAGCAUUAAGCUAUUUGUUCUCGAUGAAGCUGACGAAAUGUUGUCACGUGGAUUUAAGGAACAAAUUCACGAUGUUUUUAAACUACUGCCAUCUGAAGUGCAGGUUAUUUUGUUAUCUGCUACAAUGCCACAGGAUGUAUUAGAAGUAUCAAAAUGCUUUAUGAGACAUCCAAUUAGUAUUCUCGUGAAGAAAGAAGAAUUGACACUUGAAGGUAUCAAGCAAUUUUUCGUUUAUGUUGAACGUGAAGAUUGGAAAUUGGAGACAUUGUGCGAUUUAUACGAUACAUUGAGUAUUACGCAGGCCGUAAUCUUUUGCAAUACACGUCGCAAGGUCGAUUGGCUUACUGAAAAUAUGCAUAAUCGUGAUUUUACUGUUUCGGCAAUGCACGGCGAUAUGGAACAACGUGAACGGGAUUUAAUUAUGAGACAAUUCCGAACGGGAUCAUCGCGUGUUUUAAUUACCACUGAUCUAUUGGCUCGUGGUAUUGACGUGCAACAAGUAUCAUUGGUCAUUAAUUAUGAUCUUCCUUCUAAUCGCGAGAACUACAUUCAUCGAAUUGGACGUGGUGGUCGUUUUGGUCGUAAAGGAGUGGCCAUUAAUUUUGUCACGGCAGAUGACAAGAGAACGUUAAAAGACAUCGAACAUUUCUAUAAUACCCGCAUCGAGGAAAUGCCAAUGAAUGUCGCCGACUUGAUCUAAAAAUCGACCGUCGACACUUAAAGGCCAUUUGUAUUAAAAAAACAAAAAAGAAAAUAUUAAAACAGUAAGUGACUAAAAAAAAGAAGCUCUCAGCUGAUCUCUCAUGGUGUGUGAGUAUAUAGAGAGUGAAUCGGUGAUUCAUAUCGCUCGUGUAACGCGAUCUGAGAAAAUUUCGCCGGAUUCCCACUUUCGUUUCUAUAAUAGGAAAUAACGAAACAGUGAUUUGCCUUUGUUGUACUACAACAAACCAACACUGCUAAUAAUAAUAAUAAUACCAUCGAUAUAAUAUCAUUAAAAAAAAUAAUAAUAAUACAACAUUCAUAUUAUAUAGUUAUUAAUAUUAAUUCUUAUUAUUAAUAAUUCUUUAACACUGGCUACAAUCCCGACGGCGUUAUAAAAACGUUUAGAAAAGCGCGGCCCUUCGCGGCUGCCUUUUUGCAGCGUUUCCAAUGGGUUAUAAUGGGGAGUGUAAUUUUACUCUUCUCUCGCAACCCUUUUUUUUUAUUUUGACGAAUUUCUUUAUUUUUCGAAUUCUAAAAUGCCCCGUACUUCCGUUUUGGAUACGAUCCAUAACAGCCGAAGAUGCGCUCCUCAUUGUAUACAACUUCAAUUCGCGAUCAACGCUCGACUAUUUUUUUUCGAUACUUUUAUUACCAAGAUUGCGACACGUUUGUCUAAGCAGAGGUUUAGUUGGAUAUUGGAGAGGAUAUUUCAAUCAUAAACGAUGUCGAAGGAGAAUUAACUCCAAAUUGUAGGUUUAUUAUAAAUUUUUUUUUUAUUAACUUAUUUCUUUUUUUUCUAUUAUCCGCUCUUCCAUUUCCACGAAAACUCUGACUAGAUUAAACACGUGAAUAAAAAAUAAUAAUUAAAAUGGUAUUUGUAUCUCUCUUAUUUAUUAUUCAAAAACUUUUUUUCUUUUUUUUUUUAAGUGAUAAAUUAAAUCAUAUUUGGAAAAUCAAUUUUAAAGUGUCUUAUUUUGUAUUUACAGGCAUUUUUAGAGACGGUUCAGGAAGGUAUUUUUUGGAAAUAAAGACCGGAUCACAAAACCGAAAUAUUUUAAUUAAAAUCACCCUUCUAAUUCCUGGCCCAUAUUUUUUAUUGUUUAUCGAUUUUCAAGAGAAAAAAAGAGGAUUAAUUGUUUUCGGUUCGUUUUUUUUUUGCAGCACAUUGGGAAUAAUUAUCUAAAAAGAAAGACGCUUUAAAUUUAACAGUCAAUUAAAAAAUAACCCCCGUGAAAUAAUUUGUUUAUUAAAGAAAAAAAAUAGUGUCAAUUGGUUUUUAAAUAAAAAAUAAAAUAGAGAGAUAAAAAUAUCAAAAAUCGCUGUCACAUUAAGGCCAAUUGUUUUGUAAACGUACACACAUUUUAUUAAUUUACGUGUGUCAAGUCUUUAAUUUAUGUUAUUUUUAUAAUAAUAAUACUGUUCUCGCGGGACGGAACAUUCUCAUUUGGAAAUGUAACGUCGAAAGCGUCGACUAGAUUUGCUAAAAAAAAAGUCUCCAUUUUACACAAAGUCAUUAAAAAUUUGAAUAAUUUAAAAAAAAUUGAUCAAUCUUUUUUUCCAAAAAAAGAAGACUGAAAAAUUUAAAACAGUUCCUAAAAUUUUUUUUAUAUGUAAUUGCUAACAAUAGUUAAAAAUUUUAGCGUUAAUUUAUGAAAAAAUUGCAUGUUUUAUUAAUUUUUUUUUUAAAACUUGACUUUGUGAAAAUUGUUUAAUAUCUUAAGAGUAAAAUUUUAGCAUCUAUGUCGAUGCUUCCGAGUGGAUUGUAAAUCUUGUAUUUCUUCAUCUGGGAUAGGAACAAUUCUGUAGCUAUAUAUGUACACACGAAAAAAAAAACAUUUCGCACAUCCGCGUCGUGUUCCAAAAAAAAAAAGACCGAGAAAUUAUACCAAUGUAGUUCAGAAUGUUUGUACACACGUAGAAAUUUGAAACUAUACAAAUAUACACGUGAAUCUGAUUUUUCAUAUAAUAUAUAUGUCAAUUUAUAAAAAAAAUACCUCUUUUUUUUAGUCAGUUUAGAGGAUUCAUUUUUGAAGAAAUUUUUUUGUUUUUUACUUGAUUUUUUAAAAAUUCAUCAGAAUCAUGAAGUUUAUUUGUUUCUUCUGAAGACAUUGACAUAAUCCAGUGUUGAAAAAGACUCAGAUUCCCCAAUUAAUAAUAAUAAUAAAAAAAAAAAAAAAAUCGCUGCCCAGGCAAACAAAUUGAAAAAAGUAAAAUAAAUUGCAUAUAUAGGAUUUUAAUUUUUAACGCGCUUUUAGUUAAUGAAAGUACAGUUUUAACUAUAUACUGGUUUAUUUAAUUAAUUUGUGUUCGCCUUAAAGAAAAUGUAAUUAAAUUGGCGUGACUAAAAUUAUAUAUAUAUAAAAAAAAAAAAAACCAAACUACGAAUACGAACAAUUUUUUUAUAAAAUUGGAAGAAAAAAAAAAUUUUUUUGUAUGUGCUUGGCGCAGCGUGUGUGUUUAACAUCGUUGUAAACUUUAUGUCCAGGAUUCCAGUAACUACAUGUAAAUUAACUCGGGAAAGUAUUGGACAUUAAAGUAUUUGCUAUGUUUUUACACCUUUUACUGACUGUUAAUUGAACGUGUAUAUUCCGAAUAAUGUAGGCCAAUAAUGUGCGAAUAAAUAUUUAUUCAUGAAAA